CACAAAACCCGGGCCAUAUUGUCGCCGUGCGGCUUCUCUUUAGCGCUCGGAGCAGGCGUGAUCGGCGGCAGCUGCAGCAGCUCCUGAGGAUUAACUUAAUUAAUUGCAAAAAGGAUCCACCAAGCUGAGCUCGUGCACAUCCCCGCGAGGCAAAAGGGCUCUUGAGGGUUUUGGGCUUUACCUAUUGUUGUUGGCAUCUCGGGCGCUCUGCGGGAUAAGUUUGUGCGCUUCAGGAGGAAUCCCGGCUUGGAGAGGCAGAGGACAAGAGGAGACCGGCGAAGAAGAAAAAGGUAUCUUUGACAGAGGUCUGGUGGUUUUCCUUUGACCAUGUCCCGACGAAGCCAGCGCCUUGGAACUGUUCGUUAUUACCAAAAUGAAGAUGAUGACAACAGCAGUAAUAGUGGAGGGAGUUCAUUGCUGGGUAGUCAGCACAUGCUAUUUAAAGACGGCUCCGAUAGCCGGAGCCUGAGAAGGAAAUCGAGCAGUGUGAAGCGGCCGUCUCCGGCUCCUAGCCUGGGAAGCAGCCCUGCUGCCCAUACCACCUCCUAUUAUAGCGAGUCUGUGGUCAGUGAAUCUUACCUGGGGGAUGGCAGGGGACUUUCUGCCAGAAGCAGCGCCAUCUUGGAUGAUCCACUAGACCGCAAUUCUUACUGGAGUGAGGAGCUGUCAACGAGGAGGAGGAGAGGUACUGGAGGCUUGGAGUCCAGUAAAAAAAUCAAUGGGCUAGUGGAAAGGAAAACCUACGACACCUAUGCCUCAUCAUCUGGCUACUCCUCUGAGGAUGACUAUGCAGGUCACACCUACUUGGACCAGAACACUUCUGGUUCCGUGCUGAGGAAUGCACUCUCCAAAGCAGGCUCUUUUCUGUGGCUGGUGCUUACGUCACCAGGUCGGGUCUUUGGAUUGCUAUACUGGUGGAUGGGGACCGCGUGGUACCGCCUGACCACUGCAGCCUCCCUGCUGGAUGUCUUCGUCUUAACACGGAGCUAUCCGAUUCUGAAGAAGCUCCUCUUGUUGCUGCUCCUGUUGCUGCUCCUGACUGCCAUUGGCUACGGUGCCUGGUAUUUUUACCCCUUUGGACUCCACCCAUCUGUGUUUUCCUGGGGAUCUGUGAAGCUGUCUUCUCCUGUUACCAAAAAGGGAGAUGAAGCAAUAGAUUUUGUUGCAUUCUCAGAGGGACAGCAGCAAGUUUUGUCUCGGCUUCAGGCGCUGGAGAGACACCUUAAGAGCCUGGAAGGUGCAGUUUCAGUACUGGAACUGCAAAGAGGGGAAAAGACAGUGGAAGGGGCAACUCUUUCUCAUGACAAUACCCUGUCGCUUCUGGAUGGGCUGGUGAGACGACGAGAAACCAUCUUGAGAGAGGAGUUCCGUGCAGAGUCAGAUCUUCACCUCCAGAAUGAGUUGGAUGCUUUUCAAUCCCAGCUACGGAAGGAUUUUGACAGUCUCUUGAAGAAAGUAUCCCAGGCUUCAGAGGAGACAGAAACUCGGAUGCUCCAAAUGACUUCACAGUGGCAAAGCUCUACACAAGAAGGUCUGAUGGGUAAUUUCCGAAAGGAGAUGGAAAGGCUGGAGGCUCAACUGACAGGCCUGAAAAAGGAAUUUGUGGUCUUGGCCUCAGAUCAGAAAACGUUGUCAAAACACAUGGAUUCUUUCCCAGGACAGAUCAAGGAAAUACGGGAAGAUGUGGAAAUCCAGUUUCCGAUAUGGCUCAGCCAAUUCCUAUCCCAGGCUAAAAGGGACGGGACAGGCAGUCUGUUUCUCCAUCGUGAAGAAUUAGAGGAACAGCUCCUCAACCUGGAGCAGAAGAUCCUUGCCAAGGUCUCCGAGGACCAGCGGCUCUCUGCGCAAGACGUUGGGGUGGUACUCCAAAGGGAGGGCGUCAUAGGAGUAACAGAAGAGCAAGUUCACCACAUUGUCAACCAGGCCCUGAAGCGCUACAGCGACGAUCGCAUUGGAAUGGUUGAUUAUGCUCUUGAAUCUGCAGGGGCCAGUGUUAUCAGCACUCGGUGCUCAGAAACCUACGAGACCAAGACUGCAUUGCUUAGUCUCUUUGGGAUCCCCCUGUGGUACCACUCCCAGUCUCCACGAGUCAUUCUGCAGCCAGAUGUCCACCCUGGGAACUGCUGGGCGUUCCAAGGCUCCCAAGGCUUUGCUGUCAUUCGCCUUUCGAGCAACAUCCUUCCCACAGCUGUGACGCUAGAACACAUCUCCAAAGCCCUCUCUCCCAAAGGGACCAUUCCCAGCGCCCCCAAGGACUUUGCGGUCUAUGGCUUAGCAGAAGAAGGGCAGCAAGAGGGCACCCUCCUUGGCCAGUUCACGUACAGCCAGGAUGGGGAUCCCAUCCAAACAUUCCACUUGCAGGAUGAAGGCAGGAUUGCACCUUUCCAGCUUAUUGAGCUUAGAGUUCUCAGCAACUGGGGCCACCCGGAGUACACCUGUAUUUAUCGUUUCCGCGUGCAUGGGGAGCCGGUCCCUUAACCCCUCCUGCAUGCCGCAGCCUUGCUCACUGGCUACCUCAAGUUCUGCGCCUCAAACUGACAAAAGGCAGACGGAGAAAAGCAGUGUUGGAAAGGAGAGCAACUUGGGAUGAGUGACGCUUCUUUUUGUUACGAGGGGAAGCAUGGAGACUUCAAAAUUCCUAUCCUGGUCAAUUGGUUCUCUCCUGAGGGCAGGGGUGGGGGUACCUUUCAGUAUGCAGAGGGAGAAAGAGGGCUUCUUGAUUUUUGGUAUUUUAUAUUCAGCUUUUUGAAAAAAAACAAAAGCCUAUGCAGUUCAUCUCUUCCCCCUCCACCAUCAAGAAAAAAUAGUUUCUGGGUGUUCCUUUAGAAAGCUGUGCCAUGAUACUGUCAUAGUUCUAUCAGUGUUUAUGUAAUUAUAUUAUAUUGGGGGGGGUAUCUAUGAAUUCUGUCUUCAAUAAGGGUAGUAGGAGACUUAAUGCUGUUGUUUUUCCCUUUCCUGGAUUGGAAAGAUUUAAUUAUUUGUUUAUCACACUGUAAAAAGUGGUUUGGCAUUGGCUGCAAAAGGAGCCUGCACAGUAGAAAGAGGGGGAAAUUGGUGUUUAUUUAAAUGAGAGGCUACAAUCCUAACCAAGCAAGUAAGCCCCAUUUUGCUUAGUGGGAAUUACUUCAGUGUGAACAUGCAUGGGCUUGUCCUGUCAGGUUAAGUAUUUAACAACAAAGGCUGCCGUGUUGAAAGAUGGGAGAAGAGUCUACUUUACAGUGCUCAGAGUUGGUUUUCUAAUGGAACUGCUUAGCCCUGCUAGUAUGUAUCACUAUUGGAAGUCAUUCCCAUUCUACAACACUUAAUUUUCUAGAGGGAAUGAAUAUUGUCCGGCCAGCACGAUCAUGCUUCCUUAGCCUAACUCCCAGGUGUGUGGGGGCUGCUUGUUAAGUGGCAAGGGAAAGCAUUCUGUACAUGUUCAGAGACACCCAUUAUCCCAGAGAAUGUGCCCCCAUCUUAAAAUAUAGCUUACAGGGCCUUUAUGAGCCCUGCUUCAAAUAAACUUCAUUUUCUUCCAUUGUAAAGGAAACAAGGGGUGCUUGGCUCUUGUUCUGCAGGUUUUAACUCACAUGCUGCUGCAAUGCCGAGUGGGUUCAUAUGGUCAAAAACAGUUGUAAGUUUAUUUAGUUUGCAUAAAAUAUCACUAUAAAAAGACGUGGGGUAAGAGCCACCAACUGUUCCACUAGAAAAAUAGAGCAGUACCUCAUCAGUUAAAUCCUCAGGCUCCUCAGCUCUGAGUAGUCAUGGGAGCCACACAAAUAUCCCACAGAACAAGGGGUAACUUGUCCUGGUAUGCAUGUAACUAACCACUUGGUUAGCCAGUCAUGUACAUUGGCUUGCCAAAGGGCGAGGAAAAUCUUGCCAUGUUUUUGCACCUGAUCCCCACGUGCAGUAAGACAAGGUAGUAUAAGCAGCUCAAGUUCUGAGGUGGCACAAUGGACCGCCUUGCGUUUUCCCGUCCAUACUGUGAGUAGAAAACUAGCAGAGGAAUAAAGAUGGGAUUUCUCUCCCUGCUAUGCCAAUUUUUAUUUCAAUUUGCAAAUGGUAUUUUUAAAAAUGGCAUACAUACCCAUCUUUAUUCUGAAGUGGUACGCUCUAUGUGAUUGCCUCAUUCUUCUGCAAUAUAUAGACUAGCCCGCACGGGAAAUCUCAUGACUACUUGGGUAAGGUAAUAGAGGUCAGAAUUUGUUAAAUUUGCUUAACAUUAACAUUUGCUGACUAUUUAGAGUAAAUAGGUAUCUGUAGUUGCCAGCAGUAACAGUUGUACUCUGGAGGGACAGCCUUCCUGGUAUGGAUACAGUAUUUCAUAAAAUAGUGCCUUUAUCUAAGGCUUUUACCAAACUUAAGGAAAAUUUCUGAACUGAAAUGAAUGUAGGAGCAAUCAGGGUUUCUUUCCUACCUGCCUUUUAUUUUCAGGGCAAGCUGGCUGUGCAGAGUUCCAAUGAGCUAGCACUUAUCAUAAGCAAGAGGGUUGUGUCCUUCCCAACUCCCUUCCAGCUAUCUAUGGAGAGUGCUGCUUGCCACAACAGCUGGCCCAUGGUUUUUCAUUUGGGCUUGGCCAUAGCAAUAAUGUCCAGUUGGAGAUGGCACCAAAUAAACAUUAAGAAAUAUAAGACAUACAGGCAUUUGGGGAACUGGCAAAAGCUAAAUUGUGCCUGAAAAGGGGAGCGAGAAGCGGCAAAAAUUCAUACUGGCCGCAGAUUUGUAUGUCAGUGGAGAAGUCCGUGUGGCAGGGUUUGUCCCAUAGCAGAAAAACUCACUCUCACACAUGGAGGGAGAAGCAUUUGUCUUCAUUCUAAAUCCCAAGAGGGGUGGGCUAAUGCUGUGUUCAGCUUGAGCAGUUCCCCAAGCUAUAUAGAAUACAGCUAGUUUCUCAACUUUAUUGAGGGGCCAAGUAGACUCUUGAGUAAAUAUGAUCAAGGGCACAGUUGCACACCUUUUGAGGAUACUAUGACAGGAAAGUGGCAUUAGUUAUGUGUAGAAGCCACUUUGGCAGUAUAUAAAUUAAUUACAUAAUGACACACAUCAAGUAGAUAAGGGGUUGAACAGAAGACAAGCUUCUGUGCGAUCCUAAGAAACAGAACAUAUCCAUAAGGAAAUAACAGUAUUAUGUGGGCCUCACAGCUUGAGUGUUAAAAAGGUCAUAAGGAUUGAUGAAGGUAGCUAAAAUGACAAGAGGGCAGCUUUCCCAUUUUAAAUCUGAAACCAUGAGUGGUGGUGGGAUUUAGCACACACUCACCUCCACCCCAACAACAGCUUUUGCUUGGAUACUUCUGAUAACACAUAACCCUGAUUAUAACUAAAGGGCCUAGCAUUGCUAACUAAACCCAUAUCUAUCUAUCUAUCUAUGCAUUCUUGCUAAGCUACUGUGGAAGUACAUCAACACAGUUUAUCUGCUAAGCAUUUCACAGCUUUGGGGAGCACUCAACACUAUGAGUGCUUUCCCCAGUCUGGUGCCGUUAGCUGCUCCAGCUAACAUGGCCAUGUGGUUUGCAGGAUCAGUUAAGAUGACCUGCACUAUUGGAAGAGGCACAUCAUUCUAUCAGGGUCCAGUGAUAACUGCUAUGCUCUUUGGUCUAUGACAGAAUCCUUGUGAAGUAUUUUGAUGCCCUUGCAUGCAACAAGGGAAUAAAGGCCAGUUCCAACAGUUUUUUCCUAGAAAGUAAGUAGAAGAAUCACAUGGUCAAAAGCAACUCUUGCUUUGUAUCAGGCAGGAGUUGCAUAAUCUGAUAAUGCAAACACAGCAGCAUUCUGGAAGGCGUAUGUGUGUGCAGUUUGCAUUACAAAAAUACAUUGGCCAGGUUUUCCUGCUUUUUUCAUCUGAAAUACAGAAUAAGGGCUAGGAAAAAACCAGGCUGUUACAGGAGGGUGGAUUGUGGUUAAACCUUAGGAGAAACUUCUUUAAAGGUAAGAGCAAUCUGACAGUGGAACCAAUUGCCUUGAGGGGUGCUGGGCUUUUGCUUACUGGAUGUCUUUGAGCAGAUAGCUAUUUGCUGGGAGUGAUACAGCUCCAGAUUCUCUGCAGUGAUGGGGCAAUGUUGGGCAAGGUAGCCUGAAGGACCCCAGCUGAUUUUGAAAUAAGGCGGUUUUAGAGGCUUGCUUCAGCUCACCAUGCUUGGUAGGCAACCUGUUGUGCUUCUACAAAGCACUAGGUCAACUUAUGUUAUUGGGUGGGUGAAGUGGGAAUUUCUAAUAAAAAUUUGUGUGUUUUUGUAGGCAAAAGAAAAUAUAGGUAUCUUACUCUUGUCUUUGUACUCUCCAAAAGAUGAGGGAGUGUAAUAAGCACUGAUUUUUAAUAUAUUGUCUACCUGUUAUCUACUCCUCAUAAAAGAGGUUGAUGGCUAGGUUGUAUUUUGGGAGAAAAUGGAGAGAAGUCUGUUUAGGGGUGUAUAAAUCCCAUGUUGAUCACUGUGGGGUAGUUUCCCUCAGUUGGGCUCCAUACAAUAAUUUAUGUGGAUAGGCUUCUAUGCUCUAAUAGUUGCAUGGAAAGAAAGGAUGUGUUUAACAGACCCCAAGUGCAACAAAGUGAUUAAAAAUCAAGAGUGACCAAAUGAACAUUCAAGGAGCUUAUGAAUGAAUGCAUUUGGAAAAGCAUGACACUUUCCUGGUCCUAGGGUCUACUCAAAGCCACAUGAAGCAAAGAGUCAACAGUUGAAGAAUGCUGGUGAGUCAUGCACAUAAUGGCUUCAUGACAAUUAUAUGCAUUUUGUGCUUGUGCCAGCUCCCUGACCAGUGGCAAGGUGCUCAUAUGGCAUUUGCAAGGCGACAGCAAGUAGGAGGCACCUUCCAAAGCAUGACUUCUUUUCCCGCUCCCUUUACCUUUGACCUGGCCUGUUGUACUCUGUAAAGCACCAUGCAUUGAUGGUGCUGUAGUAUUAAUAAUAAUGCUUCUCCUAUGAAAACAGGUAUGUACAAAGUGUGCUUGGAUUUGUAUCUAAGACUGUAUGUAGCCUGUUGUAAAUGCUGCACUGUUCCGUUCCUUAUUUUCUAUCUGGAUUGUAAUUUAUGCCUAUGCAAAAGAAACUCAAGACAAUAAACAAUUUUUUUUAAAGGGUGAAGCGGGGACACUUUUUGGCCAGGGUAAAGGCUAGAAGCAGUAGCAACAAGAGAUUAUGCUGUAAAUACGUUGCAUUGGAGCUGCUGUCACUGUCAUCCACAUUUCUGUUCCUUCUGCCUGAGGUAUUUCUUUAGUCCACUGCUUUCCCUAGGAAAACGCAGUUUGAUGCUUAUUCCAAUUCAGCAUUAAUCUGCAGAAAACUUGAUUGACAUUUGUUCCAAUUCAGUGGUACACAGCAGGUUUUCCCAGGGAAAGCAGUGGGACUAAAGAAAAACCUGUCAGACAGGAGGUACAGAAGUGUGGAUGAGCCCUUAGUCAGUGUAGGACAUACACAUUCAAACUCAACAUUAUGAAGCAAAUUAGGAGAGGGGGAAAAGGAAGGUGGGCAAGGAGAAAUCCCCCUUUGUGUGUUGUUUACAUUAUAAGCCUGCAGGGAGAAACUGUCCUGUUUCAUUUGAUUGUAUGUAAGCUGCUCUGGGAGCCUUUUUGACUGAAUAGUGGAUACAAACGCUCUUUAAAAAUAAGGGCAUUGGCCGAAUUUUACAUUGCAGCAAUGUUGAUGAACCAAACAAAAGUCUGGCUCUUAUCUGUGCCUAGAUGAGAAACAGAAACAGAACUGCAGAGAUGUUUGUAGGUUCUUCUAGCCCUUUUCCAACAUUGUUGUAUUUUGCAACUACUGUAAACUACUAACUUGGAGACUUUAGUAAUUUAAACACUAUAGAAAUGCCAUAAAUAAGCAAGUGUGACAGCUGAGUUCCAACUGCAUUGCCUCCUUGUCCAUUGCAAACUACCAUUCAAUAUAUUUUGCUACUUAAGUUUAAAGUACAAUUUAAGCCACACUGAAAACCGCUCCACCUAUAAGAGCAGUGUAAGAAUGUAAAAAAUUAAAACCUACCAUUCCAACAUAUUUACUAAAUGUUAAGUUCAUUCUCUCCAGUUCCUAUCAUCUGAAAGAUCACCACCAAGGUUUGGCAAUACUGUACUUAAUCACUGGAAGGACAGAUUGUAAAGCUGAGGCUCCAAUACUUUGGCCACCUCAUGAGAAGAGAAGACUCCCUGGAAAAGACCCUGAUGUUGGGAAAGAUUGAGGGCACAAGAAGGGGACGGCAGAGGACGAGAUGGUUGGACAGUGUUCUCAAAGCUAUGAACAUGAGUUUGACCAAACUGCGGGAGGCAGUGGAAGACAGGAGUGCCUGGCGUGCUCUGGUCCAUGGGGUCACGAAGAGUCGGACACGACUAAAUGACUAAACAACAACAAUCAUUUUCCAUGUGUUUGAUGGGCUUAACAGAUCAGCAGCAUUUCUCCAGCAGAUGCACCUUUUCACAAGGAGGGAGGAUGCUACAACUAAUGAAGUUUCCCCAUGUGUCACUAUUAAAAGAGAAGCCCUUUCCUCCUAUUAAAAGGUUGGCAAUACCUUUUGACUUUCAGAAUCAGCUUAGGUGCUGCAGUUCACUGGUAUACUGCCCGGUUGCCAACUUUUAUUCCUUUGCCUUUUAACAGCUGCACGAAUAGCAGGAAUUCAGCAGGCGGGAGCUAGCAUGAUUGAAACGCAGUGGUUAGAAUGUCAGAUAAGGACUAGGACUGGGGAGGACACUGGUUCAAACCCCCACAUUGCUAUAUAAAGCUUACCGAGGGACCUUUGGUCUCUACACCUCACCUACUUCAUAGUGUCAUAGUGUACACUGCUCCCCAACCUUGAGCUGCUUGGAGAAAAAAUGAAGGAAAAAUGUAAAAUACCCAUUGCCAACACAAGAGGGUACAAAGUUCACUUGCACUGGAAUAUGUGGAUGCCGUUCACCUGAAUAUUACACCGUGGCCCAUUGUAUUCCUGAUACACUACCUCCCUCCUUAAAGUUUUGUACUCUUCUCAAUAGCAGCAAAAAAAAA